AUGCAUGUACUAUUGUGCCAUACCCUCGCGCCGACGCACAACCCCGUUGCCGAAGAAGAAGGGAGCCAGGGAUUGGCCCAUACCCCAUCUUUUGUCGGUACCCCACGUUCACCAUAUCGGGAGUUGGAGGCGCCAGCGCUCAAGCUCUGA